UGGUUUAUGUCUCAAGAAUUCAAAAUAUCAAUUUUAAUCUACGAUUAUGUGCAAGAAUUAAUUAAUUUACUUUUUUUGAAAUAUAAGUCAAUGCUAAAUCACAAUGUUUACAUUAUUUUCGCGCCAAAAAGUCCUCUUGUUUGUUGCAAAAAAAUUAACUUCCAAGCUAGAAGGAGUUUGCUCAACUUUAAUGGAAUGUUCUAGAAUUUAUUAAAAACUGUUUAAAAUAAAAUUAAACUUACAAUUAAGUCUUAAUAGAGACUAAAGCUAUCAAAUAAAAUAAACUUAAAUCAAAUAACAGCUAGAAUUUCGACUUAAAGUGUUUUUGCAUAAUAACAUGGAAGUUAAUGUGCAGUCGCGAUUCAACAAGUUUUUAAAAUUCACUGCAAUUUUUGCAUUCCUCAAAUAAACAUUAUUUUAAAUAGUUUUAACUGUGUUAUUCAACUUUUGAUUGCACUAAAAGUCUAAUAAGAUUCAAAGAAAAAUUCAAAAUACAUCACAAAAAGCUUAGAAUCAACAGAAUUUCAAACAUUCAAUACAUGUAAUGAUCUAGCUGUUGAAAGAAUGGAUACUUUUGAAGUCGAGACGAUUGAAGUCGGUGAAAUUGCGCCAGAUGCUAAAUUGUCAAAUGGAGAAAAACUUUAUCGAGGAAGACUGAGAAAAUCGAUAAAAAAUGUUGUUGUUAAAAUAAUUCCAAACCAAGAAUUUGAAGAUUUUAAAAAAAGAGUAAACAGAGAAAUUUAUGCUGCAAAGGCUAACGAAAGGAACCAAAACGUAUUAAGCGUUGAAAAGAUUGAAGUAAAUACUAAUGAUGGACAAUUGUACAUAGCUUAUGAGGAUUUUGACCAUACUUUAAAAAAUAUUGUUGACGACACUUUAAACAAGCCGAUUAAGCAAAUUUUGCUGACUGCAACUGAAGGACUGAUGCACUUUCAUGACAAAAAAUUUGUUCACCGAAAUAUUCGUCCAGAAAAUAUUGUGAUUAAGGAAGAAAAUAGUAAUUAUAAUGGAAAGAUUGCAGACCUCUCAAUGUCCAAACUGCUAACUGAUGGCAAGAAUGUCACAAUAAGCCGUGAUUUUUCCGAAAAUGGAUUUUCAGCUCCAGAGUUGAUCAACUAUUUCAACAUAGAUCAAGGAAAUAAGAAAAAAUCGACAAAUAACAGUCAAAGAAAGAAAGUCACUGAAAAAGUUGACAUAUUCAGCAUGGGAGUCGUCUACUUUUAUGCAUUCACUGAAUAUCAUCCAUUUGCAAGAGAUGGUCGUAGCCUUCAACAAAAUAUUUGUGAUAAAAAAUUUGUGCCAAAUUUCAAUACUCUAAAAAAAUCAAAAAGUCUUAGUGCUGUGGAAGUUCCAUUAAUCACAAAUUUAAUUCAAAAAAUGAUUCAAUAUGACCCGAAAAAACGACCAACAAUCAAGCAGGUUCUUAACCAUCCAUUCUUUUGGACUGAUCAACGAAAAGUUGCAUUUUUAACUGUUACUAGUCAGUACAUUCAAGGAUGUGAUAUGGAAGACAAGGAAUCAAUGCGUGCUCAAUGUGGACCAAGCUAUGAAAAUUGGCAGGAAAAUUUAGAUCCAAAAGUCCAGGAAACAUUAAAAGAGAAGCGCAAGUAUAAGAAUGAUGUGACUGAGCUGUUGAGGUCUUUGAGGAAUCUUCCAGCGCACGUAAAUGAGAAAAGAAAUGAAGACUUAAGGAAUUUUUUCAAUCAAUAUCAAAACGGAGUUGUUGGAUAUUUUUCGGAACAGUAUCCAUAUUAUUUUAUUGAUUUUUAUAACUACUUUAUAGAAUAUUCAUCUUAUGAUACUUUAAGAGAAUUUUAUUGUGAUUGUUAUGUAGUAGGAAGAUAUGGAACGCAUAAGUGCAAUCAAAUCGAAGCUUUUUGUGCUUUUGACUGGGAAACAAAUUAAUUUAUACGACAUUUUUUUGUUGAAAUUUAAGUUUUCAGAUUUUAAAUUUUUAUUUACUUACUUGUUUUAAAAAAUUCAGAACUUUAUUUUACUACAGAUUUAUUUUAAUUAAGUCAAUAAAAUUACGUUGUCCGUUA